GGCUCGUGCGGGAGACGUCACUUCCGGGCGCCGGCACGCAGCGUUGGCGGCGGAUUCAAACUGUGGAGCUGUCGUCUGAGACUGAAGACGCGGGGGAGGGCUUGGUUGGUCCUCACUGGCCUAACCUUCCUGAGCUCCAGGGCGGCUCCGAGCCUCUUGGAUGCCGAGGAGGUGGGUGCCUGAGCGGGGCAUGGCGGUCUCGGCCACAGUCUUCCAGAGGAAGCAGAUCAAGCGCAAAGCUCCCCGCGGCUUCCUCAGGCGCGUCUUCAAGCGGCAGAAGCCCCACCUUCGUCUGGAGACGCGCGGCGACGUCCUGAUUCAUUUGAACUGUUUACUGUUUAUUCAUCGGUUAGCGGAAGAGGCCAGGAUAAACACUUGUGAGAAUAAGUGCGGAAUAAUUAAGAAGGAUCAUGUGUUGGCUGCAGCAAAGGUAAUUCUAAAGAAGAGCAGAGGUUAGAAGUCAAAGAACAUGUUUUUGAAAAUUAUAUGAUGGUUUAUUUUAGAUGGCAACAUGUCAUAAAAUCACUUUUUACGUAUUAAUUUAUAUUGUGGAUUAUUAAAAUAUUGGCAGAAUGAGGAA